GCCAUCGACCGGCACGAUUGCGUUUGUAACAACGCGGCAGUGUAGACGGUAAUAGUUCGUAAAGGAUGCGGAUCGCAGUGAGUGCUCUAGUGCUGGUGGCCGUCGGUCUGUUGGCCACGGCCAGCGGUAAAUCGCCGGUCGUUAUAACCGGCAAACAGGAAGCCGGCAUGGAUUGGUGGGAAUCGGGCGUGUUUUACCAGAUCUAUCCCCGAUCGUUUAAAGACAGCAACGGUGAUGGGGUUGGUGAUCUGGCCGGCAUUACGGAAAAGCUCGACCAUCUGGCUGACCUGGGUGUGACCGGUGUGUGGCUGAGCCCGGUGUUCAAAUCGCCGAUGGCAGACUUUGGUUACGAUAUUGCCGACUUCCGUGAUGUGGAUCCGAUUUUCGGUACGAUGGCCGAUCUUGAUAGGAUGGUGCAGAAGGCCAAGCAGCUCGGCAUCAAGGUGAUCCUUGACUUUGUACCGAACCAUACGAGCGACGAGCACGAGUGGUUCAUAAAGUCCGUAAACAAUGAAGGAAACUACCGCGAUUACUACGUGUGGCGCAAUGGUGUUGGCACCGGAACUCCAAACAAUUGGCAAUCCGUGUUCCAUACGCCCGCCUGGACACUGCUCCCGGGUCAAUCGCAGUACUAUCUGCACCAGUUUGACAAGAAGCAGCCAGAUCUGAACUACCGCAACCCUUUGGUAAAGCAGGAGAUGGCUGAUAUGGUGAGCUUCUGGUUGGACAAGGGCAUCGAUGGGUUCCGUAUCGAUGCAAUUAACCACGUGUACGAGGAUCCGCAGUUCCGCGACGAGCGUCUGAUCGAUCCGAACGGAGAGCUAAUUUGGGAAAACAUGGAUCACGAGUACACACAGAACUUGCCGGAAUGUUACGAUCUGAUCUACGACUGGCGCGAUCUGUUCGAUUCGUACAAGGCAAGGGACAACGUGACCCGGCUCAUGAUGACGGAAGCGUAUGCCAACUUGGAACAGACGAUGCUAUGGUACGGAAACGGUAACCGCAAGGGUUCCCACAUUCCGUUCAACUUCGCCAUGAUCAACCGUCUGUCGAAGGACUCGCGUGCGAACGACUUUAAGGAGAUUAUCGACGAGUGGCUGAACGCUAUGCCGGCCGGUGCACAGGCGAACUGGGUGCUGGGCAAUCACGAUCGUCCCCGAAUUGCGUCGCGCUAUGGCCCUGACCGUGCGUCCAGCUUGGCCGUGCUCGAAAUGACCCUGCCCGGCAUUGCCGUCGUGUACUACGGGGAGGAGAUCGGUAUGGAGGACAACCGUGCGAUUACGUUCGAGGAAACGCAGGAUCCGCAGGCCGCCAACACGAACCCGGACGUGUACCAGCAGUUCACGCGCGACCCAGUCCGCACACCGUUCCAGUGGGAUGCUACGGCGUACGCCGGAUUCACGGCCGCCACCGCUCAGAAGACUUGGCUACCGGUGCAUCCGAACUAUCGGGAGGUUAAUCUCGCCGCGCAGAAGGCAGCCAGCGAGAGUAUGUUCAAGCUGUACCAGAAGCUGAUCAGGCUGAGGAAGGAGCACGCGUUCAUGCACGGCAAGUUCGAGUCGAAGGUGCUGCUGAACAACGUGUUCGGGUACACGCGCACGAUGGAUGGAGAGCAGUCGUACGCCGUGGUGGUUAACUUGAACGAUAACGAUGUGAACGUGAAUCUGCAGGAGCUGCACGAAGACAUUGAUUCGGCAAAGGUGACACUAACGUCCCUGGACGCCCGCAUGAAGGAGGGCGACGAGGUGACGGAGGUGUUCCACAUCGUUCUCGGCCGUUACGAUGCGGUUGUGUUCGAGAUCGCAUCGUCCGCCGCCACGAUCGGUGCAUCAAUGCUCAUGAUGCUUAUGGCAACGAUCCUGCGAACGCUGUUUUAAGUUUCGUCUCGUAGCUUGAGUCCAGUUGUAGUGUAAUUUUAAUUUAUUAGAGUAAAAAACAGUUGAGUCACAACAUUGAGCGUGUGUCGAUGAAAA